AUGUUGCAGGGGCAGCAGCAGCAGCAGCAUACACACCUGCAGGAACCCACGCCUACACGGCGGGCACAUGGCACAGGCACUGCGGUGUUCGUUGCCGAGGCGGCGGCCGCGCACGCACUUGGCGUCGUUAUUGUUCGAAUCAGCCUCGCCAGCGCCAACAUGCUGUGCGAGGUGCGAGCAACAGCAGCGCAGGAGCAUGUCGUCGUCAGCAGCAAGAAGGCUGCUGACUACCUCCUUCCCCACAUCACGAGUGAGAGCCGCAGCGCCUCUAGCAAGAGUGCUGCGCAUAACAAUGGCGGCAGGAGACACAAACGGGGAAGCAGUAGGAGGCAGAAUGGUGGUGGCUUGUUUGAACUUCCGGAACACAUUGGCAUCGCCAUCACCGACGACCUGGAGCACGCGGGCGAGAACAGCCUCUUCACCAAAGCCACGCGCCAUCGCUGGCUGCAGGCGGACCCGUUGGUGCUGGCACAGCGCAUGCGCUCCUCGCAUCCCUUUGCGAUGCAGGUGACCAAGCACGUGCAGACAGCCAUAACCGAACACGACAUCACGCCCGUGGACGCGUGCCACAUGAUGAACGUGCUGGGCCAGGCUGGUCGCGGUCGCCUCGCCCUCAAGGUGUGGCAGCACAUCACCGUCGGUCGCAGCAAGCGCGACAUUCACCCCGACCUGUACUGCGUUGCCCUGCGCGCGUGUGCACUAAGCGGGCUCCUGCGGGAUGCGGAGGACAUUUUCGCAUCUGCACUCGCCUUUGUUGACGCCAUCAGCGCGCAGCAACACGCGACCACAAGCAGUGACUCGCCCGUGUUUAACACGAGUUGCAACAACGCUGCGUCCUUGUCAUCACCGACCUCACUGCUGCGACCGCAGAGCAACGCGUCCGAACACGCCUCAACAGCAGAUUCGUGGUGGUCACCCUCCUCACCCUCCUCAUCUUCAUCACCGCCCCACCACCACCACCACCACCAUCAGCAACACCAGCACCCCCAUCAUCAACAGCAGCAGCAGCACUACGAUGAGCAGCCCAGUCAUGACGUGACGUCCUUUGCGCCCGUGUUUGCUGCCAUGCAGCUCGCCUUUGCCAUGCAGGGUAACGUCAAGGAGACAUAUGGGGUGGUGCGUCUCAUGAUGGAGAAAUACCACCUUCCACCGCAUCGCUCGCACCGCCUGCACCUCCUCCUCGCGCACGCGCGUGCAGGGGACGUCGCCGGCGCCCAGGCGUGCUUCCACGAUGUUGUUGCGCCCCACGCCAGCCGUGACGACCGUGCACACCGCUAUCUGCUUGAGGCGCACGCGCAGUGCGGUGAUGUGGAGGGUGCUGAGCAUGUGUUCGCCAGCAUCGAGGCCGCGUGCGGGUCGUUUGAUGCGCGCGCCAUCAUCUCGCUCGUCAAGGCGUAUCGCAUUGCAGGCGACGCUGCGGGCGCCCAUCGCGCACUGGAGCGAAUCAUGCGGGAGUACCGGAUGAAACCGCCGGUGAAGGCGUUUACUGCCGCCAUCCGCGCGCACGCGGACGCGGGGGAUGUUGAGGGCGCAACGCACACCAUGCGGCUGAUGAAGGAGUGCGGGGUUGAGCCCGAUGUGUCUGCGUUUGAGUUUCUCAUCCACGCCUACCUCAACAGCGGCAACCGCGCUGAGGCAAUGCGCGUGUACGAGCGCGUGUUCACACAGGACAGCCCACUGCGGCCAACGCCACUGAUACACGAAGCGCUGCUGUCGCACCACAUGACCGCGGGCGACGCUGUUGCGGCCGCUGCUGUGCUGCUGCGGUUCCAACUGCACAACCACUCGGCAGCGCGUGUGCUCGGUCGGCGGGAGAUGUGGGAGGUGGUGGAGCAAGGGGCAGCCAUCAUUGCACGUGGCAGUGCUGGUGACGGUGCUGGUGGCGUCGACGAUGACGAUGACGAUGAUGGUGGUGAUGGUGGUGAUGGUGGUGACAGUGGUGGUGGCGAUGAUGAUGGUUGUGAUGGUAAACGUCAUCGUCAGCGUGGUGUCAGUGAGGAUAUAGCUGGUGUUGGCGUUGAGAUGCGCAGCGCACCAGCGAUGAACCGAAAUACGAAUGCACGUGAUGGUGCACCUCGUGGCAGUGAUGGCGAGGAUGAUGAUGAUGGUGACGACGAUGAUCCGUUGGUGGUUGCGAUGAUGCAGCGACAACAGCAACGGAUGGCGAUGAAGGCGAAGGUGAAGGUUGAGCUGACGGAGGAGGAACGCCACCACGUCAUGGCCAUGAUGCGCAACCACGCGUGGCACACGCAGCGACAAACAACAGCAGCAGGAACAGCAGGAACAGGGGCGACAUCGUCGUGA